AUGGCAGCAUCUGGCACUGCCUCUACCUCCAUAUUGGACGGUGUCUUUGGUAUCAACAAGCCAAUAGGCAUGAGCUCCGCGCAAGUAAUACGGGAUUGCCAACACCACUUCAACCCUUCUGCAACUUUCAAGCCGAUGGUAGACCGGGAGAUGGCGAAUAGAUCAUCUGAAUCUAAUAACAAGAGGAAGCGGCGCGGGUUUGGCAAAAAUGAUAUAAGAGUCAAGAUGGGUCAUGGCGGCACUCUGGACCCGCUAGCCACCGGCGUCCUUAUUCUCGGUGUCGGUAAAGGCACAAAGUCUCUGCAAUCGUUUCUCGACUGCACAAAGACAUACGAGACGGUAGUUUUGUUCGGCGCAAGCACCGACACUUACGACAGGGUCGGCAAAAUAUUGAAGAAGACAACCUACGAUCAUAUUACCCGUCCUCUAGUCGAGGAAGCCCUCAAGUCCUUCCGCGGUAAAUAUCAACAGAUGCCCCCUUUGUACUCUGCCCUUAAGAUGGAAGGAAAGCCUCUAUACGAAUAUGCGCGCGAAGGCAAACCCAUACCACGAGAAAUCGCGACGAGAGAAGUAAACGUCUCGGAUUUGGAGCUAGUGGAAUGGUAUGAACCUGGUACACACUCGCAUCGGUGGCCGUCGGAAGAAGCCACGAGUUUUGAGCGAGGCUUCGCUGAACAGGUUUGGAAGGUUGAGAAGGACCAGAUGGAAUCGAAAAAGCUUACUCCUGAAGAGGAGGAAGCUGAUGCGAAGGCCCGCAAUGAACACGAAAAUUUUAAGAGAAAGGCUGACGAGAGCGUUGAUGCCCUCGUAUUUGACAGACUGAACAAACGCAAAAAGGGGGAUCGCCAAAAGGAUAAUCCCAUGAUGUCCGGCGCCCUGGGUGAGUUGCCACCUGCGGCUCCCAAACCUGGCAAAGGAUCAAAUCUUAUUCCCGAGACUCCCGAAUCAAGUACACCUCCUUGGGAUGGCAAAGGACCGCCAGCUGCGCGGAUUCGAAUGACCGUUACUUCGGGUUUUUACGUACGAAGCUUUUGCCAUGAUUUGGGGGUUAAAGUUUCCUCCUCUGCUAUGAUGGCCGAACUUUGUAGAAGUCGCCAAGGAGACUUUAUUCUCGGGAGCUCUAAUUGCCUGGAGUUCGCAGAUUUAGCUAAAGGUGAGGAGGUCUGGGGUUCGCAGGUGAAGGAAAUGCUUGAGCAAUGGAACCGCAAGGGGCAAACAACUGCGACCCAGGCACCUUUACGAGCUAAAGAAAACAAAUCACCACUGAGAAAUCGGGAACCAAACGACUCGCCACGCCGUAGGUCAAGGUCCCCUUCCGCGCGAAUGGGUAGCAAGAGCCCUGCUCGGUAG